UUGUUUGUGGGGUGGGCAUUCUUGACUCUUGAGUAACUCGUCACUCGACCAGGAAGAAUACGGAUUUGUAGCAAUUUAUUAUACACUUAACAUUUGACACUGUGUGUGCCAAGUAUUAAGUCAUUUUAAGCAGAGUACAUUAUCCAGCGCGGUAGACGCCUUCACGCGGUCCAACCUGGCUGACUUGUUUUUUGUUUGCUCAUAGUUUGAGGUCCACAACAAGGCAAGCAUGUCGCUGGAGAGAACCUCGGACGAUGCGCGACUCUUGGCGCCCUUCGAAGAAACACGAGCCCAGAAGAGGAUCAGCGUGUACGACCGGCGCUCCAUCGACGGAGAGGCCAUCAUAGUGGAGACCAGCGGCCUCGACUACAAUCAAUUUCUGCGAUUUAUAACCGAGGUGCUCAUCAUACCAUCCACAGAAAGGUUUGUCCUGACAACAACUGACAGAACAGUGUUGGACUUUGAUAAAUUCCAGGAGCUCAAGGAUGGAAACACUUUGCACCUCAUGCAGACGGAGCACCAGGAGUUGCCGGCGGCAACCCAAGAGCAAAUCGUCUUCACGCCUCACUACGACACGCUGGUCCGCAGUGGCAUGUAUGAGUACUACGCCAGUGAGGGACAGAUGGCCCUGCCCUACGCUUUGGCUGAACUCAUUGACAACUCAAUCUCUGCCACCGCGUCCAGCCAGGGGGAGAGAUCCAUAGAGCUGCGACUGCUGUUUGAUGACACGCUGGGCAAGCCAGCGGUGGUCUUUGUAGACAACGGCAGUGGCAUGACCUCCAAGCAGCUCAACAACUGGGCCGUGUACCGCCUCUCCAAGUACACCAGAGAAGACGGCAAGUUCAGAAGCGACCGCCAAGGCUACAUAAGGCCGGAAGAUGUCUCACGCAGUAUCAACAGUGACAUAUCCUGCUUUGGAGUGGGAGGAAAACAAGCCAUCUUCUAUAUUGGCAACUCCACCAGGAUGAUCACCAGGCCAACAGGCUCUCCUGACGUUCAUGAGCUGAUUCUCUCCAAGGAAGACUUUGAGAGCAAAGCAAUGAACAACGAGGACAUCUACAGCGGGUUUAUCCAUAACAGGAAGGUCGGGGACUCCUCCCACGUCCAGAAGGAGUGCGAGUGCUUUCUCCAUGACCUGAUCGCCGAGGAGACGAAAAAGGGGAGCUUCACGGCCGUGGUCAUCACCGGGAUCCCUCCGCAACACGCCAGGCUCCUCAAGAACGACUUCGACAAAUGGACCAGAGAGCUGGCCCACAUAUAUCACUACUACAUCCACGGCCUCAAUGGAAAUGACCUGGUCCACCCCCUGCAUUCAAACAUCAACAUUGAGAUCUCCCUGCGAGAGAAGCCCCCCAGAUGCCCCAGGCUGGUGAACCUGCGCGAGGUGGACAAUGACAUGCAAACACUUUACAUAAACUCGGCUGCAGACACGUUUGAGUUCAAGGCAUGCACGCCGUCCGGGGGGACGGUGGAUGGAGUGCUGAGGUACCACCCGUUCCUCUACGACCGAGAGACCUACCCCCAGGACCCCAACACCCAGCAGGCUCCUACCGAGGAUGAAUUGGAGGACGGGGAGUCUGGGGCAGGGAGCCAGGCCAACGGACGCCGGCCCAUCUUUGAAUGUUUCUGGAACGGAAGACUCAUCCCAUACACCACUCUCUCUGAGUUUGAGUGGUGCAAGCGGCCCGGUAAACAAUCCACCGUGCCCCUGGAGUGCUACAGCCGCUUGUCUGGGGUUCUGUUUGCAAACGACCGUUUCCAGGUCAGCACCAACAAGCUGACCUUCAUCGACCUGGAGCUGCAGCUGCAGAAGAAUGACACCAUCUUCACACGCAUCGUCAACGGACAGGAGCAGCGGGUUCAGAUCAAGCGGGAGUUCAGCCAGUGGCUGACUGGCUGCCACGAGCGCCUGGACAAGCAGGUUCACUUUGUGGGCUUCAAGGAAACCAUUACCCGGGCCGAGAUGCAGAGCAAGAAGAUGCAGUACCCCUGGGCCACCUUUUCCUCCAUUGAGUGGGACAACAAGACCUUCAAAACGGGACAGCUGGUCAAGUCCCUUAGGACCCAGCCAAUCAUGUACGGUUACAUCGUUCAGUUCCUGCUCUACGGGGACCAUGACAGUGACAUCUACGCCACCAAUGGGAAGGUGGAGAUCUCCCUGAAUGUGAUGCCCUCGGCUCCUCUGGCAGACAUCUCCAUAGGGGAGGAUAAGGCAGCGGAAACAUCCCAGGAACCCAAAGAGGUUUACGACGAGUGCAGGACCUUCCUCAUAUCCAAGAUCGACAGAACCGCCACCAAUGCCAGCAUCCAGAAAUUCAUUGACACUGAGAUGAACAAGAUGCCAGACAAGCUCCAAUUGGUUUGGCCUGAAGGGAACGCAUUGUCUGAAAAUGCAGUGAUGCACGCAGGCGCCCGAUUAGGGCCGCUGAAGGUGUCCAUCUUGAACAAGAAGGGAGAGGAAAUCGCCAGGAUGCCGCCGUCCAACCAUGGAGCGAGGAAACUGGUGAUGGAGCUGCAAUUGGUCUGUCAUGGUCCUAACGGAGCCCAGGAGAUCCAAACCCACACUGCCCAAUAUUCACCCAAAUGGUCCUUCUGGUUCAAGGCAAUGGAGACCCUGACCCAGCUUGGGCAGUACACCCUGGAGCUGAAUACCAUGUUGAACGACACCAAGAUGUUUGGGGGGAAAACGCUCCCCAGCCACCAGCUCAAGCUCACCAUCACAGAGGGCAAGGCGGAGCGUUUCGUGGUGGAAGCAGCGUUUCCCUCCACCCUCCGAGUGGGCGUGGCCUACGACAUGGUUCUGACGCUGCUGGACGCCUUUGAUCACCCGGCCCCGGCCCCUCCACUCCUCGCCCCAGAGCUCUCAUGCCGCAAUCUGAUUGUGAGUUAUGAGACAACCAGCUCCAGCGGGACCCAGUUCACCAUUCAGGGGGUCAAAGUGAGCGGCAGUGUUCCCAACUACCACUGCAAGGCCCAGGACCUGAAUGUGGUGCUGCCGGGCCUGGAGUCCAGCUCACAGACCAUCAAGAUCAGCCUACUUCCUGGCGAUCCCCACUCACUCGACGUCACAUCGGAAAAGGAAACCUUCACUGUGGAGAAUGGAAACCCUAUGACCUUCAACAUCAAGGUCCUCGAUGAGGCGGGGAACAUCACGGCCCAGCCCAAACUGGUCGUCUACUGCCGGGUGCCACAGCACACACCCAUUUCUGUGGACUGCAGUACCACGGGGGCGGGGCAACUGAUCACUAAGCCAAUCACUGCGAGGAACCUGAACGAACAGCAAAGGGUUGUCAAGGCUAAGUUUGACCUGCAGAGCCAGAAGCAGGUGAGCGCGGUGUGGAAGGAGCUGAUCGUGGUGCCCAGCACGCGGGUGAGCAGGCUAGAGGUGUACUUCCAGGACGCUGGGGGACUCGACUCGGUGCUGAGGAACGAGGAGCAGGUGGAGUGGAAGGCCGGGGACCUGCUGGAGAACCUCCACUACCGGCUCUAUGACGAGGGACAGCGACUUCUGCCCCUCGACCAGCACACCGCCCGCAGCAUGAAGGUGAACUGGUUGGCGGAGGUCAACUUGGAGGACCUGGCCAGAGGAAAGCUUCCCCACAUCCAGGUCCCCACACAGGUUACGAACAAACCCUUUUACCAGAUCUCCUACAAGGACCAAAGAGCCUCGGUGGACGCCUCCUUCAUCCUAGUGCCAUGUCCGGACGUCCCAUCUGAGCUCAAAGUCACGCUGGAGCACUCCUCAGUGACGAUGGGCGAAGUCCUAACUGGGGACAUCCAUCUGGAGCUGCUGGAUCAGUACGGGAACGUGACCCAGAAGCUGACCCCACAGUGUGUGGAUGCCAUCAAGGUCGAGGGGGUAGAACUGGACUCCACCUCCCUGACCGUAUUGUGGCAGGAGAGCAGUAAGGACGUGGUGGUGAGAGGCGUGAGGUUCAGUCCCGGACAACCCGGACCCCGGGAGCUGACCUUUACCCUCAGGAGGUUCACGGGUCGGGUCAAGGUCAUGCUGACCGCCGGCCCCCCCGCCACGCUACAGCUGCUCAGCGGACCGCAACUGCCCCUCCAGGUGUUCAACGGGCAGGGCAUCCCGUCCCCCUUCCUGAUCCAGCUGUGUGAUGCGUGGGGGAACCCCUCCCCCGACAAGAGGGUGGUGGUGGCGCUCACCUCCUCCUCCCCCUCCCUUGAGGUGAAGUGUCCUGUGAUGUCCAAACCCGUGGACCGGGAGGGCAAGGCCUCAUUUUCCGUCAAGCGCAUUGCCGGACCAAAGGGCGAGUUCAGUCUGGAGUUCCGAGGUCUGUUCAACCAAAGGCCCAUCCCUGGCCCUUCGAUCCAGCUAACCGUGGUACUGGACCCCAGCAAACCAGCUAGACUCGUGGUUGACUACGACACCAACACUAUCUGUCUAGCAGGCGAAGCCCUCCCUGUGUUCUCGGUGAGUGUGCUGUCAGAAGAGGGCGGUCCCAUCAGGAACGUGAACCCUGCAGCUCUCUCCAUGAUGUUAUGGAGAAUAGAAACCACCAGCCUCCCCUCCCCUCCUAGCGGGGCCAUCCAAUUCAAGUGCAGUAAACCUCUGGAGAACGAGGCGGACGACUUUCACUUUUACUUCAGGGAUAAGCCUGGAGCCGAGCAGACAGGGAAGUACAGCCUCCAGUUCUCCUUGACGUCAGGAAGGACUAAACUUGAGAGCAAGCAGUAUGUGCUAGACGUGGUGCCCAACGAACCGAUCAAGCUGGCCCCUGACAGCCAGCCCACCACCCCGAUCGUCUCCAACGUCGAGGCGCCAGACAGCAGAGUCCUGGUGAAGGACCUGAGCCUGAGGAUCAGGGACAGGUUUGGUAACCCCGCGGGGCAGGAGGUGGACGGGCAGGUGGAGGUGAGGGUGGAGCUAUCCCCUGAGGACCGAGAUAAAGAGCUGCCUACUCUAGAGGCCCCUAGCCAUCUCCAGCUGACCAAUGGAACCGCCCACGUCAGCAAGCUGUCUAUCAACAGGAACAGCCCGGGUAUUGACGGUGCCGAGUAUGUCCUGGUGUUCCAGAUCAUAGGACCAGGGAUAACUCUGGCUCCCUACCUGCUCCCCUUCCGCUUCUACAAUGAUGCCGAAAACCAGAAACUGAUGUCAGAGCUGGCCAGGAAGAAAGACCGGCUCAGCGGUGAUCUGGUGAAAUUCAAGGAAUAUUCCAAGAACCUGGAGGACCUGCGCAGGGAGCUCACCUGUAAAAACCAGCAAGCCGCUAAGAAAGUGACGGAGCUUAAAAGUGAGCUGUCAAGGAGAAAGGUCAUCGUGACACAACCGAAAUCUGAUCUCGAGGUUAGGACCGCCCUCAGUGAGAAGAUUGCCCAGUUUAAUAGGAUCAGCGGAGAGCCCAGAAGAACCUGCACCAUCGCAGACCCCUACAGAGGGGCCCGCGACGUUCUGGGCAAGGUGGGUCAGCUGGCGCUGGUGGAGGACGACGCUUCGGCCCGCGUCAUCUCCUGGCACAUCCAAGGGGACAUGGACUGCCUGGUCACCGUGACGACGGCGGCGGCGCGGCAGGUGUACGACAGGACGGGUGGAGCCCAGCAGGUGCUGCCCCUGGACAGCAUCUACGUCAACCCCACUGACAGGCCUCUUCCACACUUGGGGUGUCGUACCCCUACCCCUCCCGGGAACCCGGUGUUCGCCCGGGACCUGCUCAUCUACCCCAAUGACACAGAGAGUUGCAUGAAAGUGUUUAAGAAUCUACUGGGAGACACCAUCCUCAUCGAUGACCUGGACGCUGGAAACGCCUAUAGAAAGAGUGUGGUCCAGAGCAACAGAUCCUGCCCCACCAUCCUGACCCGCCGGGGCGAGCGGAUUGGCGCAAGGGGAAAGUUUGGAGGCGCCCAGAACCGAGCGCCGGCCCUCAGCGCCCUGCAGGGCCGGGUGUUCGGGGCCCCUCCUCCUGCCCUGUACCACUCACUCAGCAGCGACAUAGGGGAUCUACAAGGAUACCUAGAAGCCUUUGAGGCCAGCAGGGAAGCCAAGGAAGAACUGAACGCUCACGUCCAGAAACUCCAAUCACCAGAGAAUAUGAAGAUGAACCAGGCUAUGGAUGAGAAUAAACGGAAGUUGACGGAGAUUGAGUCACAGCUCGAGCGGACUCCGGUAUCAACAUCGGGGAGGCGAGCUCUCAGAGAAGAGGAGGAGGAGGCGGCCGGCCCCCCCCAGAAGAGGCCCCGGGCCUCUGAACGGAGGACCCCGCAGUAGACCCCCCCUCUGGAUCUCCUGCCGCUCUGAUAGCCUUCGCCUUCUGAAAUUGUUUACAUGCUCCACCUUGGGUCAAAUGGUUUUCAAGCUUCAGCCAAAGAUUGUUCAAGACUUUUGGCAUUUGUAUACGUUUAUAUAUUAAAGUCAGAUAAUGCACUUUUAGUAAAGAAAUGAUGCUUACAUUAAACGAGUACACGUAAAAUACUUGAAUUUCUGCUUGCAUCAGGGAUUUUCUUUUGUAUGUGUUCAAUAUUUUAUCACAAAUAUGUUUUGUUUGCUCUUUUCAAAGCAAUAUUGCAUGCACCUUUUACAUGUUUCUGUUUACCUUUUAAAAUGUUCAACCAUAGAAUUUAAAAGGCUUUGUCAACCUGUUUUCCAGCUUUGUUGAGCUUAUUUAAAAGCACGAUGAUAUGUG